AUGGCAGUGCACCAGUUCGAGCACCUCCUGUGCCUCAUCGAUACCGAUGUCGAGCCAGCGUCCGUGGUCGCCGUCGAGGGUGUUGCCGGGCCGGGGCAGUGGACGCAGGACGCUGCUGUAGGUGUCCCAGACGCCGUGGUCACCGUUGUAAGCCUCUUAAAAUCCCCAACCGGUCACGCCACCUGGGCUUGCCUGCCCACAAACGCCGCCGCAGCGCCCGCCCGCGCCCGCGCCCGCUGCCGCAGCGCCCGCAUCCGGCCUCGGCCUCGCCGCCGCAGCGCCCACCCAUGGCUCCCGCGCCCGGCGUCCGAGCCCUGCGUCCGUGCGCCCGACCUCGCCCUGGCUGCCGCUGCGCCCGCCCUCUGCUCGCCGUGGCCCCCGCGGUUCGCUGCGGCCGUCCGCGCCCGGCGUCCGCGCGCCCGCCCUCGGCCCCCGCGCCAGCAGCGCCCGCCCUCGGCUCGCUGCGGCCCCCGCAUACCAACACGGCCGACCUUGUCUCCUGGUCGGUCACGGGCACUGACGCAUCUGCCUCGCCGCCGGCCGCAGGGAUUAUGCCGGCGGCGCGCGGGUCACGGAGGAGGAGGCAAGGAUCUGAGCAAGAGUGAAAGGAAAUUUUGCUCUGGCUCAAAGUUGAAAGAGAUGAGUGGGAGUGGGAUUUUUGCUGAGAAGAGUGAAAAUGGUGAUUCAGUGGCUUCAAAUCCUGCUAACAAGACUUCCUUGAGGAUGUACCAGCAAAUUGUAACUGGAAUAAGCCAGAUUUCAUUCAGCGUCGAUGGAAGUGUUUCACCGCAGAAGCCAUCGUUGAUACCUCAGGUGGCUAAACAGCGAGAUCUUAGUGGUACCCUGGAAGAUGCUGAUGCUAAAACUUCCUAGCUUUGCCGAGCGGCAAAGAUUUUUUUU